CGCGCGGCGGGCCGGGGCGCAGUCCCGGGACGCGGGAUGCUCGGCGCGCUGCCUCGCCGCCCCUGAGGCCACUCGCCGCCUCGCCACCUCUCCCGCCGGUCCCAGAGGUGUGGCCGAGGGGCCGAGGCUGACGGUAGAUGGAUGAGUGUUGAGUCCGAAUAGCUGGGGUCCUUGAAAAACAGCGCCUGGGAUGCUCUGCGUUUCAGACCAGGUGUUUUUGAAAAAAAAAUUCACAAUUUGGAUGUGAGAAAGGACAUGAGGAGACCAAAGACCUGGGAUUUUGCUGAUCAGAAUGAAACAAAUGUUGAAGGACUUUUCGAAUCUACUGUUGGUGGUGCUCUGUGACUAUGUUCUUGGAGAAGCCGAAUAUCUCCUCCUGGGGGAGCCAGGCCACGUAGCGCUAAGCAACAGAACAGUGUCUGUGGAUUUCCAGUAUUUCGGUGGUGCCAAUGGGACCCUGAGGAAUGUCUCUGUGCUGCUGUUGGAGGCUCACACCAAUCAGACUGUUACCACCAAACACCUCCAGACCAACCAGUCCCAGGGGACCUUCGAGUUUGAGUGUUUCUACUUCAGAGAGGCUGGCAACUACUGGUUCAUGAUGACCCUGGAAGCGACCAACAGCAGCCCUCCCGUCCCCCGGUGGGAGAGGAGCGCCUUUCUGAAGGUGGAAUGGCCCGUCUUCCACGUUGACCUGAACAGGACAUCCAAGGCGGCUGAAGGCACCUUCCAGGUGGGCCUGUUUACCAGUCAGCCGCUGUGCCGGUUCCCCGUGGACAAGCCCGACAUCGUGGUUGAUGCCAUCUUCACCAACAGCCUUCCCGAGGCAAGAACGAGUCUGGGCCAGCCGCUGGAGAUAAGGGCCAGUAAGAGGGCGGAACUCGCUCAAGGCCAGUGGGUUGAGUUUGGCUGCGCGCCCGUGGGGCCGAAAGCCUAUGUCACCGUGGUGCUGAAGCUGCUCGGCGGCCGAGGCUCGGUCAUUACAUCCACAGGCCCCAUGGACCUGGCCCAGAAAUUUGGAUACAAACUGGUGAUGGCGCCAGAGCUCACAUGCGAGUCCGGAGUGGAGGUGAUGGUGCUGCCCCCGCCAUGCAUCUUCGUCCAAGGGGUGAUCGCUGUCUUCAAGGAAGCCCCCAGACGCCCCGGGGAGAGGACCAUUCGGCUGGCUGAAAACAGCCUGACCUUGGGAGAGAGGAGAACAGUGUUCAACUGCACUUUGUUUGACAUGGGGAGGAAUAAAUACUGCUUUGACUUCGGCGUUUCAGGCAGAAGCCAGUUUUCUGCAAAGGAGAAGGAGUGCAUGCUAAUUCAGAGAAAUAUAGAAACUUGGGGACUGUGGCAGCCGUGGAGCCAGUGUAGCGCCACGUGUGGGGACGGUGUCAGAGAGCGUCGCCGCCUGUGCCUGACCUCGUCCCCCUCCCGACCUGGCUGCCCUGGAGUGUCCUCGGAGAGUUCCCCGUGUUCCCUGGAGGACUGCGCCGCUUUCCAGCCAUCCAGUCCGUCUCCUCUCCAGCCCCAGGCUCCCGUGAAGUCCAACAACGUCGUGACGGUCACAGGGAUAUCCCUGUGCAUGUUCAUCAUCGUGGCCACCGUGCUCAUCACGCUGUGGCGGAAGCUGGGCCGCGCCCCCAAGUGCAGCACCCCCGCCCGCCACAACUCCCUGCACGCGCCCGGCUGCCGCAAGAACUCGGACGAGGAGAACAUCUGCGAGCUGAGCGAGCCGCACGGCAGCUUCUCGGAUGCAGGCGACGGGCCGGUGGGGAGCCCCGGGGACCCGGGCAUCCCUCUAACCUACCGGCGGAGCGUGCCCGGGCCCCCCGACGACGAGGCCUCGGGCAGCGAGAGCUUCCAGUCCAACGCCCAGAAGAUCAUCCCGCCCCUGUUCAGCUACCGCCUGGCCCAGCAGCAGCUGAAGGAGAUGAAAAAGAAGGGCCUGACCGAGACCACCAAGGUGUACCAUGUGUCCCAGAGCCCCCUGACGGACACCGCCAUCGACGCCGCCGCGCCCCCCGGAGGCUCCGAGAGCCCCGAGGAGGCCGCGGCCGGCAAGUUCCGCAUCAAAUCCCCGUUCCUGGAGCCGCCGCCCGCGGUCAGCGCCGGGGACAGGCCCCCCUCCCGGCUGGACCACCCGCUCUCGCCGGCCAGCUGCGCCAUCAGCCCCAGCCAGGCCCUGGUCCGCAAGUCACAGAUGAGGAGCCACCCCCGGGGUUCCCAUUUCCGGAGGACGGCGAGCUUCCACGAGGCCAGGCAGGCCCGGCCGUUCCGGGAGCGGAGCCUGUCCACCCUCACCCCGCGGCAGGCCCCCGCCUACAGCUCCCGGACCCGGACGUGGGACCAGGCCGGGGAGCGAGUCCGGCCUCCGAGUCGAGGCGCUGCCCUGUGUCCGGAGAAACGGGACCAUUGCCCAGGGGCAGGGGGAACCAGUGGUCCGCUAAGCCCUCUCCCUAAACCCCACACCUUGGGGCAGCCCGCGAGGAAACCAGAUCUGGGGGAUCGCCAGGCAGGAAUCGUGGCGGGAGGUGAGAGAACGGAGCCUCCCCGGGCCCGGAGGGGACCGUCCCCCAGUCACAGGAGCGUCUCAAGGAAGCAGCCCUCCCCCCCGGCCCCCAAAGACAGCUACCAGAGGGUCAGUCCCCUGAGCCCUUCUCAAUGUAGAAAAGACAAGUGUCAGAGCUUCCCGGCCCACCCAGAGUUCGCCUUCUACGACAAUACAUCAUUUGGCCUCACUGAGGCUGAGCAGAGGAUGCUGGACCUCCCGGGAUAUUUUGGGUCAAAUGAAGAAGAUGAAACCACAAGUACCCUGAGCGUGGAGAAGCUGGUCAUCUAGACCGAGAUCAGCCUGAGACUUCACACAGCUGGGGUCCUUUGCCCAGCUCAGGGUAUCAGCUGCUCACAUUGCACUGUGGACUGUUUUGUGUAACUGUUUGUCCAGCAGGACAGGAUGUGGGGAGGUGGUAACUCACGGAAGUGUGCACGUGUGUUUUAAUUCUUAAGGAAGACGUUAUUUAUCCUGAACUUUUCCCUUCGUUACCCUAUUUCUUUUGGCUUAUUACUACUAAUUAUGAUAAUAAAAUUUAAACAAGAG